CGGGAUGGGGUGCCAGACUGUAACGAUGAGGAGAUGAAGGACUCUGAGAGCGACGCAGAUGUGAGCGACGAGAAGCCGGAGAGCCUGAAGGCUGAGAGCAGCAGCUCGGCCGCUGAGCUUAAGGAGUGCAAAGAGACGGGCAAAGUCUGUGAAGGGGCCAAGGAGCUGGGUGAAGCGGCUGCUGGCCAAAAUGCCCCCUGCAGCUCCUCGAGCGCCGAGUCCCCCAGCCAUUUGCUUGGCCCAGGCAUCAACAAAAACGAGGUGAAAUAUCUCCCGCCAGCCUCCAUCCCACCGCCUCAGCCGCUGCCCUUCGGAUUCCCGUACACGAUGAGCCCGUACUUCCAUGCAGGCACCAUGGGAGGUCUGUUUCUGGAUGGUGAGGAAAGCCCUGCGCUGGAAGACAUCAGCAAAUGGACGGUGGAGGAUGUAUGCAGCUUUGUGUCCAACUUGUCUGGCUGCACCGAGUACACUCAGGUAUUCCGAGAGCAGGCUAUUGAUGGUGAGACCCUGCCCCUCCUGACGGAAGAGCACUUACUGAACAACAUGGGGCUGAAACUCGGACCUGCACUGAAGAUAAGGUCACAGGUCGCCAAGAGAGUGGGCAGAGUUCUGUACAUGGCAGGCUUCCCCAUGGCUUUCCCACUGCAACCUCCUGGUUUACGGCCACCAGAGCGGGACCUGCCCCCGGCUGAUCUCCGGCCGUCCUCCACAGGCAGCGUGGCCUCCCCUUUCAGCAGUGGCCUGCCCUCCGCCAGCCGCGUCUCACCAAAGCAGGAAAACGGAAACCCCUCCAUCAUUGCUGGGAUCAAUGACACCACAAAACCUCCAUCUUAA